GUAUAGGCGCCACCCUGUGGCAAUUUGGCGAACUACAGCGCAGGACAGGAAAAGAGAAAAUGACUUACCUUCAGUUUAUUUACAAUACAUAGCUACAAAGAAAAGCAAGGAUGCAGUAUAAAACCAGCGCUCUCUUACAAUACCACUUAUCUAACGUAACUAGCUUCUCAAUAAAAUACCUAGGCAAAUAUCCCAAUAUGUAAGAAGGUUUCUAUAUCAUUGUUACCACCAGUAAUAUGCACAGUCACGGUGGCCGAGAGGUUAAGGCGUUGGACUCGAAAUCCAAUGGGGUUUCCCCGCACAGGUUCGAAUCCUGUUCGUGACGAUUGUUCGCUUUUAGUAUUUGCAGUUGUAUUAAAGAAAACACGGCAAGUAUAUCGACAAAACCAACUUCUGCUUAAAUAGGCUUAUUUGGAUUUCGAAAUGGCUAUAUGGAGAAUUUAUGCUUUAUUAUGGGGGAAUGAGCUCUGAACGUAACACGCCCCCUUGAUAAACAUGUGUUUUUCUCGUCUCCCUAAUUUUGACAGCUGUAAAUUAAUUAGAACCUGCUUUGAACGAUUUCCACCAUCACUACUCGUCUCGCUUUAGUGACUUUAAUCAAAUAUGUUCGCCAGUGUGCCAAACGAUGAUCAAUUCUUGAUAAAAGACAUAAAGUCGGGAUUGAAGAAUAUAAAUGUAAUCUUUAUCGUGUUGGAAAUGGGAAGGGUAACUAAAACAAAGGAUGGGCAUGAGGUUCGCUCCUGCAAGGUGGCUGAUAAGAGUGGGUGCAUCACCCUGUCUGUGUGGGACGAGUUGGGUGGACUCAUCCAGCCAGGAGACAUCCUCCGUCUCACACGAGGCUAUGCAUCCCUGUGGAAGGGCUGUCUGACUCUUUACACAGGCAGAGGAGGAGACCUGCAGAAGACAGGAGAUUUUUGCAUGGUCUUCUCUGAGGUGCCAAACUUUAGUGAACCAAACACAGAGGUACUGGCCCAGGCCAACAGGCCGUCUAAAGUUGAGUCCCAGAACAGUUCUUCUGUCAGUCAAAGCUCCACCCCCUCAGUCCCCACCCACACAUACUCUUCCAAUGAAUGCUCUCCGCUCUCCCAGAAUCCAACCUAUGGGAGCACAGGACGGCAGAAUGGGCGAGGCAACGGAGGUCCUGGGCAAGGCAACGGAGGUCCUGUCACCGACCCUAUGGGCAACAGCAGGGACCCACGGCAAGGGCUAAAGAGGAAAUGAUGCUGGUUUCAAAUCAACACGUAUCUUGGGCCUAACUGUAUUUUUAUUUAGCUAAUUAAAUCAUUGUUGUUAACAUGGCCAUGGCCAUCAUUUUCUAAGGAAUGUUACACA